CUCUUCUUUUCUUCUCCCCUGCAGCCGGCAAAGCCCCCCAAGCCUGAUAGCCUUCCCAUGAAGAAAAAAACCGGUAAGAAACUUGAAAUUUCUCCUUCCUUUCUUGUUCAAGAACAAGAUUUAGGAGCUUAGAAACCUUCUCCCCCUGCUGGAAUUUCCAGAUCUGCUCUGCUCCUCCUCUUCACCGCCGGCUGCUCCUGCUUUGUGGGGGGCGAAUUGCUUUGAUUUUUAGAAUUUUCCUCCCAUGACGCCGGCUCUUCCCCAAAUUGCAGCUCUGGCCUUGCUUGCUGGAUUCUGUGGAAGAAGGAGAGGAAGGGCAGCGGCGAAGGGCUGAGAUCCGGGGAAGCAGUUGUGGAGUCGCCGAAGGCUGAGAUCGGGGAGGCAGUUGGCUGCCGGUGACUUCACUACUCUGUUUUCUUUCUGCUUUCUGGCUGCUUCUGCACGGAGAUGAAGCUUGCUUUCUGGUUUUGCUUCUGCACGGAGAUGAAGCUUGCUUUCUGGUUUUGCUUCUGCAGAGACAAAGGACUGGAAGCCGCAGACGGAGGCCACGAGCAAGCAGCAGGUUCGCCAUUUCUGGCUGAGAUCCGGGGAGGCAGCUGUGGAGUCGCCGACGGCUGAGAUCGAGGAGGCAGUUGGCCGCCGGAAUUAGCAUCGUGAUUAGGGGUAGUCCUAAUGAUGAUUUCAGUUUGAAUUUGUGGUAGUGCGGAAUUAAUUCUUGGAUAUUUGAUUAGGUUCUUGAUCCUUGGAGUACUUUAGUACGUGAAUUGAGUGCUCGGUUUUAUGCAAUUUGAGGAAGCGAAACCGAGGACGAGGAAACCAUGGGAAGUGACGAGUUAGAAGGCUAGCCAUUGUAAUUGGAUAUGAAAUUUUAGAGAUAAAUCAUGAUCUUGUAAACUAGACAUUUAUUGGAGAUUUAUGAUAUUAGAGCAAAUUAUAAAAUUUGAUCUUCAGA